AUGAUAACAAUUACAUCGCCACGAGAUAGCAAUCCAAUGGUCGGCAGUCGGGUCUCGUCUCGCAUCGCGCAGAGGCUUAUCAAACGGGAAAACACAGACAUCACCGCCGAUGACCACAACUCGGGAACCACUGCCUCCACCGCCGCCGUCGACGCGACACCACUCGAGCGCAACCCUUCGGCCAGCGGUGGACAAGAGUUGUCGCCCGACACCCGUCACCAGCGGUCGUCGCUGUCGUCGUCGAUGGACACGACGCCCAAGAAGUAUAAGCGCCACACAAUCAUCACAUCCUCGCCCUCAUCGGUCGAAGAGGACGACGUGUUUGACGGCCACUCCGGCGCCGAAGACAUCAUCGAUGACGACGACGAAGAGGAAGAGGAGGACGAGGACGACGACGAGGAGGACGUGAUUGUGUCGACGCCACUGAGACAACGGCGAGCGGCCAAACGUCUGAACCGUAUGUCUCGGCACCAGAAACGGGACGGCGUUUUGGGUGAAGUGGAUUCGGCCCGCAAUAAGUUGGACGACCUCUUGGCCCACAUCUCGAAAGGCGACUCUCAAGAGGACGACGAGUUCGACGACGAGGACGGAGAGACCGACUCUUCGCCGCAUCUCAAACGACGCCGAUCUCAGAAACACAAGAAGGCGGGAAAGGGUCUGAAAGAGGACGGCUUUACGAAGACGUCGUCGUUUGUGUUGAAGCUCUUCGACCGGAGCGUAGAUUUGGCGCAAUUCAGUCACUCGUCCGCCAGAGACGACGCCCCGCUAUACCCGGUGUGUCGGUCUUGGAUUCGGAACAACACAUCGCUUCCCAAUUUGUAUGAAUCGCCGCCACUCGAGGAGUUCAAGAACGAAGACCCGGAGACCAGUGGCGGUCCCAUCGAUGAGAAGCCUUCAGGAAUAUAUCAUUUGCCAAAACCAUUGGCCAAACCUCGUGACGAGUCGGGCCGUGAAAUCGAUCUGCGGAUCCCGGCGUCGGUUCGCGAUCACCAGAAACGGGAAUCACAGGCGGAUGUGUUGAUUAACAGCCUAUCGGAGGACACGUUCGCCGGUCUGUUGGCCAGGAAUAUGAGUCAUUGGAAACAUGUGCGACAGGAAUGGCAACAAUCAUCGCAAGAGAAUGAGUUGCGAUACAAACACAGCUGUGAUGUCUUGAAGUCCAUAACAAUGAAUGGACAGACAAUGGAAUUCAAGCCCCAGACCAUGGAUUUGCCAAUUAAUUGAAUUAAUGGAUAAUUAUUUUAUUAUAUAAUAUAAUCGGAAUGACUCGCCGACCGAUGAGGACAUUGUUUUUUCGAUCGGUUUUUUCUAAAUUACAAUUACAUUACACUUUACUUUGCAAUUGAAUGCACAAUAAUUACAUACAUUUAUAUUAUAUUUGUUUUAACUCUACGUUUACAACGACAACAAAAUAUAUAUUUUAAUUUCCAUUAUAUAUAAACACAG